UCAGAGUGACAAAACCAGACCAGUAAAAACUCAGGAGCAGUAUGUAACUCUGACCCCUAGUGUUUAAAAUGGGUACUGCAGUCUAAAUUCUAAACAUUGUAGAGAGCUGUCUCCCCCCCUCCUCUCUAGAGUGGAUGCUCACACAGGUCACCAUGUGGUGGACUCUGAAGCUUCAGUGUUUAUCCAGCUCUGCAUGGGUCUGUAAACCUUUCUGUGUUCUAACCUCUCUCCAUUUUUCAAAAUCAUCUCCAAUAUUGAUCCUAGUUUGAGCACGUUUCUGCUCGUGGAGCUUAUUAGAAACAUGCAGAGGCUUUUUAGGUCGGGUACAAUCACUUCUAUCUGAACCACUUCUCUUGCCCGCUUCCAUCGCUGCAACACCUGUUGACCUGAUAACUGCUCUCAUAUCUGGCAAACAGAGGGGCGUCCAAACAGCUCCUCCUGGAAAUAUCCAGAGUUUUUCAGGAGUUUUCUGCAGGCAAAAUAUUAAACGAUGACACCCAGCUGAAGGAGUACAAAAUUGAUGAAAAAAACUUUGUGGUCGUCAUGGUAACCAAGCCUAAACAAGACCCUCCUCCAAAAGCAACUCCCCAGCCGGCUGCAGCUCCAACACCCCCGUCAGUCUUAGCCCAAGCACCCUCCUCUGGUCCAUCACAAGUGCCCUCCACACCGACACAUGCAGCGUCUGCACCCACACCCGCCCCCAAGUCAGGGCCCCCCUCUGAGAGCCCCUCCACAGUCCCAGGAAACACCCCGAAGGCCCCUGAGAAAGAGACAGCAGACUCAAACACAGCCGCAGACUCAGCAGCAGCCUUGGCCGGUCCUGCUCCAGAACCUGUUCAAGCAGACCAGACCGCUGCCCCUGCAGACUGCCCCACCUCAGCUGCUCAACCUGAAGAGAAGCCAAGGGAAGACCCUGAGAAUCAACUCCCCACCACUCCUCCAGUCCUCUCCUCUGCCUCCAGCCUUGUCGAUGAGCUCGGCCUCCUUGAAGAAGCAGCAUCAAUACUGGUGACCGGUCCAGCCUAUGAGAACCUGGUGUCAGAGAUUAUGUCCAUGGGUUAUGAGCGAGAGCAGGUGGUCAACGCCCUUCGAGCCAGUUACAACAACCCAGACCGAGCGGUGGAGUACCUCCUCAUGGGUAUUCCAGCAGAGGCCAGUGACCUUCCACCUCAGGAGCCAAUUAGACAAAGUGUGCCAUCCAACCCCCCCGCUCCUGCUGCUGCUCCUGUUGCUUCUGCUGCUCCUGCUGCUCCUGCUCCUACACCUACUCCUACUACACAACAACAACCUCAGCAGCCUCCAGCUACUCCACCCAUCCUUCCUCUCCCAGCAGGUCUAGUGUCCGGAAGCCAGAGUCUCACUGCUGGGGGGGACUCUGUGUCCACGGGGAACCCUCUGGAGUUCCUGAGGAACCAGCCACAGUUCCAGCAGAUGAGACAGAUCAUCCAGCAGAACCCGGCCCUCCUCCCUGCUCUGCUGCAGCAGCUGGGAAGAGACAACCCACAGCUGCUGCAGCAAAUCACACAGCACCAGGAGCGUUUUGUCCAGAUGCUGAACGAGCCACGAGGUCGAAACACGGGUGGGGAGGGGGCCGAGGCCCCUGAGUCACCGCAGACCAACUACAUCCAGGUGACCCCCCAGGAGAAGGAGGCUAUCGAGAGGUUAAAAGCACUCGGCUUCCCUGAAGGAUUAGUCAUCCAGGCGUACUUCGCCUGUGAGAAGAACGAGAACCUGGCAGCUAACUUCCUGCUACAACAAUCCUGGGACGACGAGUAACCACGUGGAGCCGCAGAGGAGAAGACUGCGCUGUCAACGAGGGAGGAAACCAGGAGAGCCAGAUCUUUUUCUUUUUUUUUUGGUGCAAUGGUCGUGAUGAUGAUGGUGAAGACACAUUAUUACCAUGGUCACAUGAGCUCCCUCUGAGCGGCGCCUCACUGCUGCUACAUCACGACAGCUGCCUCUCCACUCUGAACAUUUUAACAACAGUCUGCAUCACCUUCACACACCAACAGGCUUUUAUUUUGAAAGUUUCUCCUGCAGUCAUACUGGACAAAUACAAUACAAACACCACAUCUCACACACGUUACAGAAACCUGUCGCCCUUCAUGUGUGAUGCAAACUGUCGACCUCUUUUCUCUUUAAAGCUCUCGUCUGAUCUUUUCUUUCCGUCUGCUUCUUCUUUUGAUAAAAAGCCCCAAACACUCAAAGAACUUCAAACCAAACGAGUCCAAAGAACACACUUUUCUUCUUCAGGUGUUGGCCUUUCAUUAAGCACGCACACAUGGCUGUGCUUUUGUUCAUGGAAAAUUUAAUCUGCAAGGGUCGUUGGGGUCAUUAUGGGUGAAAUCCCCCCCCCCCCCCAUCAUUUGGGCAUGAAACAGAAAAAUCCGAUGAAACUUUUAGAAUGAUGAAAUACUCAAAAGUGUUAGAAAAUAUGUUUAGACUAUUUGGGUCAAAAUUUUAACUCAUCGUUUUUUUUUCUCUGAAUCAUAAUUUUGAUUUCACCCCUUUGUAGUUCAUGAAAUCAGGGGCGUGUCCAGACUGUUUGACUGGGGGGGGGGGGGGGGGCACCUGGGGCUCUGACUGGGCGUGGCCUGAUGUUUAAGGACACACACAUGCAAAUUAAUUCCUUCUCUUACCGUGUCUGUACCCACUAAUGAUCUGUAUCACCUAACUUUAAAAAAUAAGUUUAUUGGCCAUUUGAAAGUGUUUAUUCAGAAAUGUUUUUGGAAAAGGCAAAGAAGGAAAAGUAUUCAUUUACAACUGAAAGCAUUUAAAUUACCAGCAGCCUGUUGAACACAGCCAGAAUAGUUGAUUUUGACUUAAGUCUCUGAUUAGGCAAAUAGCAAAUCAUAAAUUUUUUGGGGUGGCCAAUCAAAUUUCAAGGGGGGCCCAUGCCACCCCCCUAGUCACGCCCCUGCAUGAAAUUGUAUUCAGGAUUAAUUGUUGUUUUGAUUCAUAUUUUUUUGUUGUUUUUUCUUUUCAGAGUUCCAAAAAUGAUAUUUGAAGUUUCUAAUGAAGUGUGUCUUCAGUUAGCAGGAUGUUAACUCCACCACUCUGCGUUCUCAUUAAUGACUUACUUGUUACUAAAAUAGUUGGUGCAGUUGUUGUGUUUUGUAGAGGACGAGGGGACACUCGGAGACACCACUUCACCUGUGGAGCGUCUCUUUGUUUUGAAGUGCCACAAAUGCAUGCUUUGAUAUUUCCUUUGCUGGAAGACGACACGCAGCACGACUCGUCUACUGUCACACGUUCACCUCACAUCCUCUAUGCAUCUUAAAGCUGGACGAGUUUGAGUGCUCGCUCCCUCAUGCCUUAUGAGUUGUUAAAGACUUGAACACAUUUUAAUGUCACACAUGAUGUUGUACUUCAUGUAGAGUGUUUCAUCUUUAGGGUUGGGAUUGUUCAUUCAUUAGUUAUUGUUUCAAAAUGGACUAAAGGGAAUUUGAAUUUGCACCCGAACUACGGAGCCCCUGAAGACCCAAAAAUACAAAGUAAUCAUCUUGUGAGCUCGAGAUAUUUAUUAUAUUUUUGACUUUUUGGGACUUCUGGGCCUCCGUAGGAAACCGAACAAAACAGAACCAUUUUCAUCUCUCAGCAUGUGCUUUGCUGCUUCUCCUUUGAGUUCUCUUGAUUGUGUUUGAACUGGAAGUGACUGGACGUUUUGUAUCAUAUUGUAAAUGGGAUAUACAUACUUUGGGACAAAAGGCACUUUACGGUGAUGAAGGCGUCUCCUCGGCUGUGAGGGGGGGUCGCUGGUUGCAUGGGAUUGUUACAGAGUUAUUUAUAGCUGCAUGGCAGUGGGGGGUAAGGAAUGAUGAAACCAACAGUGUGGUGAUGCUCUGAUCUCAGUUCAUCUGUUUGACCAUCUCUGUCAAUGUUUUCUUUUCUCUUAAAGGGAGGGGGGGGGGGGGGUUUAUGUAGAAUAUGAACAAUCUGAAGAACACCUGUUGAGGUUUUGCUGACUAGUUGUGAAAACUUUGGUUUCAUUAUCGUGUAAAAUAAAUGGCUUUUACAAA